CCUGAUCGUACAACACGGAAUACUGACACGGCUGUUAACCGCUGAUCUUCUGGCCAGGAUGGUGGUCUAUCAGCAUGCCCGAAUGGACGUUAUUAUUACCCGUAUGGAAUACUAUACUACUAUCUAUAUUUCUCUUAUUUACUCUGUUCACGUUCUUAUUCACAGAAAUCUUCUAUCUUUCUAUACGAAGCUCCGUUGAACCGACAUCGUCUGGGGCUCUGGGGAUAUCAAAGGAAUAUUAUUAUAUCCGUAUCAAUCCCGAAAUCGGGUCGAUCCCGUACCCGAGGUCUUCAACAAGUGACUUCUUACUGGCUGAAAUUCCAACCAGCGCAAACCGCGAGUCCGUGAGCCCUUGCACGAUUUCUCCAACCAAGCAAGCCAGACAUCGUUGACGUCUGUGUCUCGUGCCGCGUGCCUGUGCGGAUUUCUGUUCCUUGUUGUCGUUUUACCAUCAUAUUUUUUGCACAACUCGAACCCCUCCAUUUCCCUAGACCCUCUGGGAGACAUAUUGGCAUUA